UGAAGAUACGGAAAUGACGUUAUUGUUUAGUCUCACGGAAACGGUACACUUGACAACAAAACAGAGAGACCAAUUAUUCAUUUGCAUGUAACGUUACUGUACUUACUCUGUGUACCGACAAAUACUUCCGAAGGCCCGCAAUAGUUUGUAUACGUUGCCAUAAAGGCGUUGCAGCUGCUUCGGCUAACCAAGGCUAGAUAGCCAAUGUAAGCUAACACUGCGAGGUAUUUCAAUCUAGCUGGCAACGUUAACGUUAGUGUGAAGUUAGCUUGUCUACGUUACAUACAGGAGUUGUCAGUUUCUAGAAUGGCCUGCACUUUGGAAAAAGUGUUGGGCGAUGCCCGGACCCUUCUCGAGAGGCUGAAAGAGCACGACACGGCCGCCGAGGGACUGAUAGAGCAGUCCGGGGCCCUCAGCCAGAGAGUGCAGAGCAUGAGAGAGGUGGGAAAUGCCCUUCCAGAAAAGCAAACAGAAGACACUUCAGGAUUUCAGGAGCUGACCAAAUACAAACCUCAUGUCCUUCUGAAUCAGGAAAACACCCAAAUCAAAGAACUACAGCAGGAGAAUAAAGAACUAUGGUUAUCUCUUGAAGAACAUCAGUACGCGCUAGAGUUGAUCAUGGGUCGAUACCGCAAGCAGAUGCUCCAGCUGAUGAUGGCAAAGAAGGAGUUGGACACCAAACCUGUGCUUAGCCUCCAUGAGAACCACGCAAAAGAAGUGCAGAACCAGGUGGAGCGGAUAUGCGAGAUGGGCCAGGUGAUGAGAAGAGCAGUGCAGGUGGACGAUCAGCACUACUGCUCUGUUCGAGAGAGACUCGCUCAACUAGAGAUUGAGAACAAGGAGCUGCGAGAUCUCCUGGCCAUCAGCAAGAGCUCUGUGAAGACAGCAAGGGAAGAAACCAACCAGCCAGCAGCAGGACAGUCCCCUCAGCCAGCGUCCUAUGAGUGAUCAGAACAGCUUCAGUGUGAACUGUGGUUGUGGCAACAAGCUCUUCAAGACCAGGACACAGGGUUGAUGAUCUCUAUACCUGUGUUUACCACAUUAUUUUUUUAACAUAAGAUGGAAUGCAGCCAAACCACAGCAUAUUUUUUGUAGCAAAGGCCACUUAAACACAACUUUCUGGCUAUCGGAUGUAUUUACCUGCAGGUAUAUCUGGAUGAUAGCUAUUGUUUUCAUAUGUACAGUAUGUGUAAUAUGACUGCAGUCGUGUUGGAUUGAAUUUCACAUAAGCCUUGACUUUUAAUGAGGUGUCUUGGUUGUUACUGACAAUAACACAUGUACUGGAGUAAAAGGCAGUAAAAGCAAAGGGGAUUUAUUUUGUUUUUGGCCAAAGAUGCAUUUACUCUUCUAAGACACAGUUUCUACCUCUUUGGUGCCCCUUUGCUGUUCACACACACACUCACAAUGUGUAAAAUGCUCAUAACCACCCUUGCUUUGAGUUCACUUGAAGUCCAUUAAGAAGCCAACUUGUAGUCUGCACCAUUUUAAGAAGCUGUGCUUGAGAAUCACUCUGCCAACAAUAUGACUUUUGGCUGUUUGUUUCACACAGUUUUGCCUGCUGAGGAGUGACGGUGGAUCAUUUGUAUGCGAUUGUCUAUCACUAAUGAAUUUGAUGUGUUUGUCAGUCUGUUUGUAGAUGUCAUAUAUAACAUGAUUUUUCAUGUUUAGUACUUAGGUUCUGUGUUUACCAGUUUUGUAGUUUUGGAUGCAGAUGAGUCCCAGCUGGCACAUCUUUAUUUAAUGGUAACAGUUUCAAAACAUGGCAAGUUUUUGUUUAAUGGGUAUAAAAUGUUUGCACACUGUAUGUGUCAGAAAUUGUAUAUUGUCAUCUCAGGAAAUCGGUGUUAAUACGGUGAACAUGCUGUAAUGACUUCAAGACAGUGUACUGUUUGUGUCAAACGAAAUUUCAUUCAGAAACUUUAAAAUACAUUUGCAAUUAAAAAAAAGUGUGAAUGUGAA